CCGACUGCGCAUGCGUAUCCAGACGUGGCAACGGGCAUCAUGGCCUCUUGGAUCCGCCACGGGAGUCGGAUGAGGGAGGCGAACAUGUCGGUGCUGGUGCUGCUGGCGUGCCUGCUCCCCCUGCUACAGGCCCUGAAGGUGUCCCCCCUCAUUGAGAAGGUGAGCGACCACAAGGACUUCAGGAAGCUCCUCCGGACCAGAACCAACGUCCUGGUGCUGUUCACCACCUCAGCUUCGUCGGGGGACUCCCACCUGAAGCUGCUAUCAGAUGUGGCCCAGACGGUCAAGGGCCAGGGGACUAUUGCCUGGGUCAACUGUGGAGACUCGGAGGGCCGUAAGCUCUGCAAGAAAGUGAAGGUGAACCCGAGCUCCAAACACGGAGGAGCAGAGCUGCUGCAUUACAAAGACGGGACGUUCCACACGGAGUACAGCCGGCCGGCCACCUUCAAGUCCAUGGUGGCGUUCUUGAAGGACCCAUCAGGACCCCCACUGUGGGAGGAGAACCCUGAGGCCAAAGACAUUGUCCACAUAGAGACAGAAAAGGACUUCAGGAAGCUGCUGAAGAAAGAGGAGAGGCCGGUCCUCCUGAUGUUCUACGCUCCCUGGUGCGGCGUUUGUAAGAGAAUGCAGCCCGUCUUUCAGCAGGCGGCCACAGAGACCAAAGGAACACAUGUGCUGGCGGGGAUGAACGUGCACCCGGCUGAGUUUGACGGCCUCAAGCAGGAGUUCGACGUCAAAGGCUACCCGACCUUCUGCUACUUUGAGAAGGGGAAGUUCCUCCACCACUAUGAGAACUACGGAGCCUCAGCCAAAGAUAUCGCUGACUGGAUGAAGAACCCUCAGGCCCCCCAGCCGAAGGCCCCCGAGGUGCCGUGGUCGGAGACGGACUCCCCGGUCUACCACCUGACCGACGAGUCCUUCGACAGCUUCCUGGAGGAACAUCCUGCGGCCCUCAUCAUGUUCUACGCCCCCUGGUGUGGACACUGCAAGAAGAUGAAGCCGGAGUACGACGAGGCUGCAGAGGUCCUCAACAAGGGCUCCAACAGCCCGGGCGUGUUGGCGGCGGUGGACUCCACGGUGCACAAGGCCGCCGGCGAGCGCUUCAAGAUCUCCGGCUUCCCGACGGUGAAGUUCUUCCUGCGCGGCGAGGACACCUUCACGCUGCCUCAGCUGCGCAGCAGAGACAAGAUCAUCGAGUUCAUGCACAGUCCCCAGGCUCCUCCUCCACCAGAGCAGUCUUGGGAGGACCAGCCCUCCAGCGUCAGCCAUCUUGGAUCGGAGGACUUCCGAGAGGCGCUGAAGAAGAAGAAGCACGCUCUGGUCAUGUUCUACGCUCCUUGGUGUCCACACUGUAAAAACGCUGUUCCCCACUUCACCGCGGCAGCAGAGCUCUUCAGAGAGGACCGCAAGAUCGUGUACUCGGCCGUGGACUGCACCCGAGGACAGAACCACGAGCUCUGUAAGCAGGAAGGAGUGGAGGGCUACCCGACCUUCAACCACUACAACUACGGCAAGCUGGUGGGGAAAUACAACGGAGACCGUGGAGAGGCGGGCUUCAUCGGCUUCAUGCGCAGCCUGCGAGGUCGCGACCAGGAGAAGGUGGUCAAGAAGAAGGAGGAGCUCUGAGGCGCGUUGCACUGUGACCCUUGACCCCGGCAAGGGCCCAAUCAGCACUGACGGUGGGAUGCCUGGUGACCUCAGCCUUUUGUUUUUUUUAUGCCGUAUGAACCUGCAGAGAGACGGGCGGAGAACAACUCAAAUACCUUGUUGUUGUUGUUGUAGCCCCAAAAACACUGUGAAACUGCAGCUUUAUCUAUGCAACACCGGGGG